AUGACUGAUUACAUGUCAGCCGAAAGGCCAACCAAACGAGCCUAUCACGGUUCCCCGCCCAGUUACUAUGACGAUGAGCAAUACUUCAAAUCUGCAGUAGACUUCACACCUGCUUAUUAUAAUACCACUAAUACGCCUAGUAAUAGUAUAUCUACUGCAAAUUCUUCGUCUAUUAUGCCUGUUCUCCCACAAUCUGGUUCAAUAAGCGGUGGCAACAAGGAGGGCACCGCUCGGGAACUCUCGAGUUCUGGAAACUCGCUCACCCAUUUCACAAAUCGUCCAGAGGCUCUCGAUGAUGGUAAAAUUGCAAUCAAUAAGGGCACUGAUGCAAGCACAGACGUCGUCCCAAACAUAAACGAUAGCUGCAAGGCUGAGCCAAGCAACCACAAGGAGAUCGCCGAUAUAAAUGGCAACAAAAUUGGCAAGUCCAACUCUUCCAAAUCUCCAUCAAAUACGUCCACCCAACUUUCAAACAAUAACAACAAUAGUAAUAACACCGUGUCACAACCACCACCACCGCCUACACCCACGAACAAUAAAAAGCGCACACGCGCCACACCUGAACAACUUGCCAUAUUGGAAGAGACCUUCAAAACGAACACCUCUCCAAAUAGUAAAGUUCGCGAAGCAUUAGCUGAAAAAGUAAACAUGUCUGAACGUUCUAUUCAAAUCUGGUUUCAAAAUCGUCGUGCAAAGAUGAAGGCAAUGCAAAAACGAGUGCACAUGCUUCACGAAGAAACAAUGAAAGCUCAAUUAUUUGCAUGUAUGCCAGGAUAUGGACAUAACUUAUUCCCCUACCGUUUGUCUGCACUCGGCCGUUCUUAUAGCACUAAUGAUCUCUCAGCAGGUUUAAAUAGCGUGACAGCUGAUAUUAAUCCGGGUAUGCGCGCUGCGCAUCCAACCGGACUGGGAAUUGCUAUGCCUCAAAGUCAUCAAGGUUUCUGGAGUUCAGGACCAAUGACUGCACCAAUCCCACAAUUAAAUUCCGAGCAUCUCAUGAAUGGAUUCCCAUUUACACAACCACGAUUUCCAGUUUCACCUAAUGCUAGUCCAAAUUCUAAUAAUGGAAUGACUUCUGCGCAAACUUUACGACUUGUCGUUUCCCCCAAUAAUCCCACCGGUGGGAUCCCAAUGAAGAUUAAUGAUAUCUCAAACACUCAACCUCAACAGUUCACUCCACCUCAAGAAUUUCUUA